AUGCUUUCGUCGCCAUCUCCUCCCACCCUCUGCACCCUCCUCCUCCUCCCCUCACCCCCUCCCUCCUUCUCCGGCCACCCCCGCCACCCGCGCCGCACAUCCCUAAGCCGCCCACGCAGCUCCAACCCCAACGCGCCGAGCUUCGCCAAGCCCAAACCCGACCCACCCCCGCCUCCGCCGCGCCGUCUGCACGCUGAGGACCGCCGCCUGAGCUCGCUCGUCCACCGCGGCGACCUCGACGCGGCGCUCCGCGUCGUCGAGUCUUCUCCCUGCCCGCCCGACGUCCUGCUCGCCAACAAGCUCGUCCGCGACCUCUGCCGCCGGGGCCGCCUCAACGACGCCGCGCGCGUCGUUGAGGCGUGCGGCUCGGCGGCCACGGCCGUCACGUACAGCGCCCUGGCCGACGGGUACUGCCGCGUGGGGAGGCUCGACGAGGCGCGCCGCGUCGUGGACGGCAUGCCCGUGCGCCCCAGCGCGUACGCCUACAACCCGCUCAUCCACGCGCUGUGCGUGCGCGGCCAGGUCACGGACGCGCUCGUGGUGCUCGACGGUAUGCUCUCCCGGGGUUGCCCCCCUGACGUCGUCACCUACAACAUCCUCCUUGAGGCGACGUGCAAGGGCAGCGGGUACAGGCAGGCCAUGGAGCUGAUCGAUCUGAUGCGCGCCGAGGGGUGCACGCCAACCAACGUGACAUACAAUGUUAUCAUGGACGGGAUGUGCAGGGAAGGCGAUGUGGACGGCGCCCGUGAGUUACUGAAGAACUUGCCUUCUCACGGGUGCACGCCAAAUACCGUCAACUACAACACUAUCUUGAAAGGUUUGCGCACGGCCGGGCGGUGGGCGGACGUUGAGGAGCUUAUAGACGAGAUGUUCAGGGAGAAUUGUCCCCCGAGUGAAGCAACUCUCAGUGUGGUCAUCACUUCCUUGUGUCAACAACAAGGAUUGCUCCAGCAGGCGAUUAGGCUUCUCGACAAAAUGUCAAAGCAUGAAUGCACGGCAAAUAUUGCCACUUACAAUGCUGUCAUCAGUGCCCUUUGUGAGCAAGGCCAUGUGGCUAAUGCCUUGGAGUUACUAGUGAAGAUGGAAUCCCAUGGUUGCAAACCUAAGACCACUACCUAUAACAUUCUAGUGAAGGCUUUGUGCAAUGGUGAUUGUUGGGAGGAUGUUGAGGAGCUAAUGCCGAAGACGAGCCAAACUGAUCAACCUCAAGACAUUUCGCCAUUCAAUACGCUCAUUGGCAUCUUGUGCCAAAAAGGGUUGACGCUGAAGGCCAUGGAAGUAUUUAAGCAAAUGCCCAAGAAAGGCUGCUAUCCUGAUUCAGUCACUUACAAUACACUAAUAGACGGGCUUGCGAAAACUGGCAACAUGGAGCAAUCCCUUGAGUUGUUGAAUGAAAUGGGCAACAAAGGAUUCAACUCAGAGGUAAAAUAUGAGCUGUUGGCUGAGUUUCUGGAUGAAGAGGAUAAAGUUGAAGAGGCAAUCCAGGUGGUUCAUAAACUGCAAGAUACAGGCAUAUCACCCCAUGCUGUUCUCUACAAUACAAUACUCUUAGGGCUUUGUAGAAACGGCAAAACAGAUCAUGCUAUUGAUAUUUUUGCUGAUAUGGUGUCUGAUGGUUGCAUGCCUGAUGAAUCAACUUACGUUAUACUCAUUGAUGGUUUGGCACACGAAGGCUAUAUGAAGGAGGCAAGAGAAUUGUUAAGCAAGUUGAGCGCUAGAGAUGUCGUCGUUGAAAAUUUGACCAACAAUGAUGCUUCGCUGUUUGAUCAAAAUAUCCACACUUCUUGA